AUGUCAGGCGGAGAGGCGAAGAAACGGAAGAAGGUGGUUAGCGGGGGGAGUUCUGGGAAUGCCAAACUCUUUGUGCAUAAAGAUACUAAGAAGAGGAUGAUAAAUCAAAUUCUUGCCUGUAAUAUACAUUUGAGGGGGCAUACUGCUAAGAUUGGAUACAAUUCGGCCCAACUAUUAUAUGCUAUUGCGGAACGUGAGGUUAUUAUUGAUCUACCCCUUUACAUAUUCAACCAUGUUCGUGAAGCAUCUACUGUUGAGAAUGGUAGGCCAUGUCUUCCAUUUCUAAUAUUAGUUUCCAAGAUUUUGAAGCAUAAUGGGGUUGAAUUUCAGCAGAAUGACAGUUUUAUUUACCCCAUGAAUCCAAUGGGUAUGGAUACACUUAAUAAAAGUGUGGGAGCUAUUCUGGGUGUGAAACGGGGCAAGCAUGUGAAGCAGGCAGCAGCGGUGCCUCAGGUUGUGGGUAGUCAAGCUGGGACUAGCCAAGUUGGUUCUGAUGUUGGCACUAGUAAGGGUCAACAAACACUUCAGCAAAUAGUUGAAAAGUUGGAGGCCUGA